CCCCGCCCUCAGCAAAGACACUGUUUCCCUGUGCACCGGCCUCGCCCAGCUCCUGUCUGCUCUGUGCACCCCUCAUUCUCCCCAUGGCCGCCUCCUCUGCACGGCCCGCCAUGCUGGCCCUGAGUGGGCUGGUGCUGCUCCUGCUCCUGUGCCUUGGUCCAGGUGGCACAAGUGGAAACAAACUCCAGCGGAUGCUGCAGGAAGGGGAAGCCCCUGCUCCAACCAAGGCGAACGUGGCCAUGGGCGAGAACAAGGCCAAAGAGUUCCUGGGUGGCUUCCGGCGCCAGCGGCGGCAGCUGUGGGACCGGACGCGGCCCGAGGUGCAGCAGUGGUACCAGCAGUUCCUCUACAUGGGCUUCGACGAGGCGAAAUUCGAAGAUGAUAUCACCUACUGGCUGAACAGAGACCGGAACGGACACGACUACUAUGGUGACUACUACCAGCGUCACUAUGACGAGGACGUGGCCAUCGGUCCUAGGAGCCCUGACAGCUUCAGGCACGGGGCCAGUGUCAACUAUGACGACUACUAACGGUCCUUGCUGCACGGCCCUCAAGGCUAUGCCUGCCCCCAGGGCCCCCUGGGGUCCCUGUGAUGGGCCUUCCCCUGCGCUUCAUUUCUGUGCCCUUCAGCCCGUCUGUGGGACCAGAGCUAAAGCAGAGAAUGCAGCCCUGGCGCCUAAGCAUGGAGUUCCCCUCAACGUGGAAGUAAAAGCAUUUUCUCAAA